AUGAUAAAACAUGAAAAUUCAAUAUUUUAUAACGCAUGUCGUUCAAACAAUAUUGACUAUAUUGCAAAGUAUGCUGGUUCAAUGACAAUAGAUGAAAUAAAUUGUAUUGAACCAAACGGUAGCACAGCAUUGCACACAGCGUGUCAUUUUGGUCAUAUGAAAAUUGUGCAAAUUCUGUUAGAAAAUGGUGCAUCAAGAUCAAUACGUAAUCGCUUAACAAAUUUAACAGCUUAUGAAGAGACUGAUAAUGAGUACAUUCGAAGUUUAUUUCGAUUGAUUGUUAAUAUUGUUCCUAACAAUGAUGAGCACAACAACAACGAAACAGAACCAUCUUAUGAUUAUGCCGGUACAGUUCAAUGGGUAUUAACAGAAACAAAAGAACAAUUUUUAAAUAUGAACCAUCAAUAUUUGCUUAAACAAUAUUUUGAUGUUGGUUUUAAACAAAUGGUUCAAUUUUUAAUUCAGUUUUAUUUAAAUAUACAUGCAUUAAACCAUGGCCUUACUAAUAAACUAUUGAUUGAAAAUUUGUUUAGACAAUCUCUCGAGGAAUUAAGAGCGGUCUAUUUGAUUAUAUGCUGUUCCACUACUACUGAGACGAAAAGGGAUGUGUUGAUAGUAAGGCAUCUGUUUUCUUUUGUAUGA